GAGCUCCCUUGUUUUCAUCGACACUCCCAUCUCCUCGUUUCCUUCAAAUCUCAACUGCUUCUUCAUUCAUUCUACACGCUCAUUCCCUUCCUUCAGUUCUUCCCCAUGGACGCCGCAAUGCCUCUUUGCAAAUCUGUUCGCGCCCCCUCUCUCACCGGUUUGUUUGCUGGGACGACCAGAGCAUUGCGGAGUUCUCAAUGUACCUUCAUGGGAGUUAAUAAGCUCAGUUUUCCCAGACAUAGAGCUAAUGGAGUGCAAUUUUGUCGUAAAUCCUCCAACAGUGGGAGACCCCUUCAAGUUACGUGCCGCGCCCAUAAAAUUCUGGUCGCAAAUAGAGGAGAAAUUGCUGUUCGUAUUAUCAGAACCGCCCAUGAACUGGGAAUUCCUUGUGUCGCUGUGUACUCAACCAUUGACAAGGAUGCGCUCCACGUAAAAUUGGCCGAUGAAGCCGUCUGCAUUGGUGAAGCACCAAGUAGCCAAUCGUACUUAGUGAUCCCAAAUGUCCUCUCUGCUGCCAUCAGUCGGCAAUGUACGAUGCUGCAUCCUGGAUAUGGCUUCCUUGCUGAGAAUGCAGUAUUUGUUGAAAUGUGUAGAGAACAUGGAAUCAAUUUUAUUGGACCUAAUCCUGACAGCAUCCGAGUUAUGGGUGACAAAUCAACUGCCAGAGAUACAAUGAAGAAAGCAGGUGUACCAACUGUCCCAGGAAGUGAUGGUCUUUUACAGAGCACCGAAGAAGGAAUCAAACUUGCACAGGAAAUUGGCUAUCCCGUAAUGAUCAAGGCAACAGCAGGCGGUGGAGGACGUGGCAUGAGACUUGCUAAAGAACCUGAUGAGUUUGUGAAGUUGUUGCAGCAAGCGAAAAGUGAGGCUGCAGCUGCAUUUGGGAAUGAUGGUGUUUAUCUUGAAAAAUAUGUCCAAAAUCCAAGACAUAUUGAGUUUCAGGUCCUUGCAGAUAAAUAUGGCAAUGUUGUUCAUUUUGGUGAGCGUGAUUGCAGCAUUCAGAGACGGAACCAGAAGCUGCUAGAGGAGGCACCAUCUCCUGCGUUGACCCCUGAGUUAAGGAAAGCUAUGGGUGAUGCAGCAGUUGCUGCCGCAGCCUCUAUCGGUUACAUUGGAGUUGGGACGAUUGAGUUCCUAUUGGAUGAAAGAGGCUCCUUCUACUUCAUGGAAAUGAAUACUCGGAUCCAGGUCGAGCAUCCAGUGACGGAAAUGAUCUCCUCUGUUGACUUGAUCGAGGAACAAAUUCGGGUAGCUAUGGGAGAAAAGCUUCGGUACAAACAGGAAGAUAUUGUGCUUAGAGGACACUCAAUUGAAUGCCGUAUCAACGCAGAAGAUGCCUUUAAAGGGUUCCGACCUGGACCAGGGAGAAUUACAUCAUACUUGCCAUCAGGAGGACCAUUUGUUAGGAUGGAUAGCCAUGUUUAUACUGAUUAUGUAGUGCCUCCGAGCUAUGAUUCUCUUCUUGGAAAGCUUAUUGUUUGGGCUCCAACAAGAGAGAAGGCAAUUGAGCGCAUGAAAAGGGCUCUUGAUGAUACUAUUAUUACAGGGGUUCCUACAACCAUUGACUACCACAAGCUGAUUCUCGAUGUAGAGGAUUUCAAGACUGGUAAGGUAGACACUGCAUUUAUUCCUAAACAUGAGCAGGAAUUAGCUGCGCCUCAUCAAAUCGUGGUAGCCAAUGCAGUUGCUUAAAGAAUGGAGAUUCUUCUCGGCUCUAUUUAUGCUUAGAAACUUUUUUUAUUUUUUUUUUGGCCAGAAUUUGGCAUUAGCACGAGUUAUACACCAUUAAAAAGAAAGAAAAGAAAAUUCCUCGUUGGUGCUGUAUGCUUAUUUAUUUAUUUAUUUUGUUGGGGAAGUAGAAGAAGGUAAUUAACUUUCUUUUAGAAAAAUAGUUUGUUGAUGAUACUCAGCAACUCUGGGAAUACAGACGAUGGCUAGUGAGUGUAGUAGCUUAAUAUUGUAUUUUAAUUUGGUUUUUGUCGACUACUUUUCUAACA